AUGGAAUUUGGUGCCGUUCAAGCCUUUGCUAAUUCAAUUGAUUUCAACAUUCAAAUACAACAAGUUCAACUUAGCGAUUCUGGUAAUUACAAUGUAACAUUUACUCUAGAUGGACAAGGUUCAGAUACUGUUAUCAUCACCAGCGAUUCCGGUGGAUCUAAAGCAUUUGGAAAAGUUACUACCGAUACUCAGCAACUUGAUACUCAAGGAAUCGCCAAGUUUACCAAUUGUAGUUUUAAUUUUGCUAUCCCUCAAGAUUUUACAAAACGGCAAGAAAUAAAACUUGUUAUUACCGUUAAUCGAGAACUUAACCAAGACGAACACGAUACAUCAGAAACACUGUACGCCCAAGGCGAUUUUAAAAUUUAUCCACGCCAGAGAAAUGAUGUUGAUGCUGAUAAAUAUUAUCAAAUACAAGAGUAA